AUGCCUAAACUUCCAACAACAACAUCAACAACAACAUCUCGUCCUUCUACUACCGCUGUCACAACUGGCCAUAGUGAACAAUCAUUGGGACCUAAUUUACAGUCACGUCUUGAGGCACUUGAAGCUGCCAUGGGCGUUCGACUCAAUGUAGCUAAACGGCAAGGACGUCAUUCAUUGUCAAAUACUGCAAGUUCGUCACCUAUGCAAGUAUCGCCAACAUCAACAUCAUCAGCAAUAUCAAGUACAACAGCUACAACAUCACUUUCAACAUCAUCUCGUCAUAAUAUUCCAACACGAUCUGGUCAAGGUGUACAACGAUCUGCAUCAUCAUGUGAUGUUGAAAAUCGUCCAGGUCCAAUAAAACGUCUUAAACCUUCAUUACCAAUAGAAACAUCAUCGUCAUCAACUGCUACUGCUAUUGCUACAAUAAAAAAAUAUACACCAUCUGUUCGUCGACCUAUAACAGCUAUUACAACUCCAACACGUCCAGUACAACCUAAACAAUCAACUUUAACUAAACAACGAACAUCACCAAUGGAUACUUUAUCAAUACGUUCAACACGUUCAUCAACAACAAAUACUAAUAAUUCAAAUUCUCGUACAUUAACUGGAGUUUCAACUAAAACUUCUCACACAUCAUCAACAAAACAAACAGUGGCUAAUCCAUCAUCAUCAUCAUCACCUCCACCGCCGCCACCACCACCACCAACACCACCACCACCACCAGUACCAUCACGUCCAACAGCAUUACCACAAAAACAACGUUUAUCUAUAUUUGGUGAACAAUUUUCUGAUGAUAUACUUAAAACAAAUUUAUUGUGGAUUAAUUUAAAUGAACUUGAUGAUGAAAGUUGUACAGAAGUACUGAUACAAUUUGGUUCAAUAGAAAAUUUUCUUCAAGAACAACAAUUAUUUUCUGCUAAACAACAACAACAAUCAAAAUUAGCAGCUAAAAAUAAAACAGCUAUAAAUCGAUCACGAUUUCAAUUAUUAAUACCUAAAAAAGACCGUUUAGAACUUCUGUGA